CAGUGUGGCCCCAGGCUGACCGUCCUCCUCGUUAUUUCUGGGUGGAGCAAGAUGGCGGAUCUGUGAGUUCCCGGGCAGAUACCCCGAUUUCCAGUUCAAGACUUCAGGAUGGAUCCUGUCCGGUCCCCGGCCGCCAUGGAGCAGAGAGAAGAUCUCACCGAUCACAAAAAAGCUCUGAAAGUGUCUAUUCUUACAGGGUUGAAGGAGAUGUACUUUUCUGAAAGUCUUUGCGAUGUCACCAUACAGACCGAAGAGGAACACUUCCUGUGUCACAGGGUGGUCCUGGCCUCAGUCAGUCCUUACUUCAGAGCUCUCUUCAUGUCUCCCAUGAAGGAGGCGACGCUCGGGGAGGUUUGUCUUUCGGAUGUUCCCUCUACUGUCUUGCAGAUCAUCCUGCACUACAUCUACACGGGGGAGGUCGAUGUCACUAUGGACAAUGUGGAGGAGCUGUUUAUCGUGUCCGGCCGCCUCCAGAUCACGGCCAUGCAAGAUCUGUGCAGCAGGUACCUUGCCAUGAGGAUCGACAACGAAAACUGCCUUUGGAUUUAUAGCUUGGCUUAUAGUCACAAUCACGUAAUCCUCUUGGAAGAAACCAUGAACCAUAUUGUUUGGAAUCUGAGCUCCCUAUGUGGAAAAGAAGACUUUUUUCACUUGGCGAUGGAAGAACUGGUCAACAUCCUUUCUUCGGAUGACUUGAUGUUUUCCUCAGAACUCGCCGUCUAUGACAUCGCCCGCCGCUGGUGGGAAUUUCACACCCAGAACGAUCCUCUUCCCCCAGAACUGUUGAAGGUCAUCAGACUUCCACUUCUGACUCCAGUCGAGCUAGAAAAGGUCAGCAGGGACAUCCCCAGCGACGACGGCUCCCCUCUUCAUCCUCCAACGGGAAUCCGCUUGCGCCAAGGGAUGUUUGAGGAGAGAAUAGUUUGCAUGGACUCCAGAUCAUUCGAUACGGCGGAUUCAGAAGAGGCUUUCCAUUUUAACACCUACGACCCAACAACAGAGUCUUGGGAGAGACUUCCUUUUUGCGGUUAUUUUGAGCAAACCGGAAUCGUAGCCGUAGGAUGUCAUUUAUAUGUUUCGGGUGGGUGUGGAAAUGAAGGUUCUCCUUCCAAUGCCCUGCAUGUGUAUGAUUCUGUAUUGAAUGAAUGGAGCGUGCUCCCUUCCAUGACCCAUCCAAGAGCUGGCCAUGGCUUCCUAGCCUACAGAAACAUGCUUUAUGCUUUUGGUGGAUACAACCAUAGCGAGCUCACCGAUUCGGUGGAAUGCUUCAACGUGUUGGACAACAGUUGGCGCAAUUUGUCGAGCAUGCCCAAGGCGCUCCAUAGCUUUGCUAGCACGGUGCUAAAAGGAAGACUGUUUGCUAUAGGUGGGAUGGCUCGGAAAGAUGUAGACCUCAUGCACUACCCGGGGUUCCAUAUUUACGACAUACUGACGGACGCUUGGAGCCAGUUUCCGCUACCCAUGGUCUUUUCAGCCGCUGGAGCGGUGACACUGCGUGACAAGAUCUACAUCAUUGCAACUUGUAAACCCAGACAUGACGAUCUUAACGCCUAUCCGGCAUAUGAUGCCAAUUCAACGGAAGAGGAGUACGAGGCGUAUCUUAUGUACAACGAGGAGCCAAACACCAUUUGUAGGAGCUUCUGUAUGGAUCAUCUAGGGAGAAUCUGUCACAGUAGAAUUCCAGCCGUCUUGGAAAGUACGUCUUACGCCGCGGUCAUUCGCUGGAUGCACAGGAUUUAUAUCCUGGGAGGGAGCGAUGAGCACUAUAUGAGUAUCUUCGCAAUCUUCUACUGGAGCCCCGGAGAACCCAGGUGGACUUUAUGCGCGAAAGACGUCCCUUUUCUGAUUACGGACUUUGGGAACGGCACCCUGCGGGUUCCCCAGAAGCACAUCUCCCCCCUUAUUGGUGGCAGGAGGUCAAACUACCAAUUUAGACGUGAUAUUGGGGAGAAAAACAAGGAGGCGGGUGGUGGAGAAUCUUGUGGCCGGGGGCUCUGUUGAAGCUGUGUACGUACAAUAACUGGUGGCCACCACUAGACAUGUGCACUGCCGAAAAAUUCGUUCAUUUUCAUUUCAUUCGUUUUUUAGCUUUUUUUCAAAAAUUUGGAAAUGUGGAAAUUCAAACAAUUUUCACCUUUCCGAAAUGUUCACCUUUCCGAAAUGUUCACCUUUCCGAAAUGUUCACCUUUCCGAAAUGUUCACCUUUCCGAAAUGUUCACCUUUCCAAAUUUUGGAAAUUUGAAAUGUUCACCCUUCCAAAUUUUGGAAAUUUUGAAAUGUUCAUCUUUCCAAAUUUUGGAAAUUUUGAAAUGUUCACCUUUCCAAAUUUUUGGAAAUUUUGAAAUGUUCACCUUUCCAAAUUUUUGGAAAUUUGGAAUUAACGAAUUUGUUAAAAUAUUAAUUCAUAACUAAACAAAUUGCACAUGUCUAGCCACUGCAAACAAGACCCACCCGGGUAACAAAAUCGAACACUGAAGUUGUGUUUAAAGUGGAUACGUCUAUUCUGAGCUUUUCACCUGGAACAAGCACACGGCAAGGUCAGAAAUGAUCCUCUGGCUUGUUCCAGGUCAGCGGCUCUUGAGGAGGUUUACUUUUCGGGAACUGGAUCCAAAUCCAUCACUUGAGGGAAUGUACAUGGAGGGGGGGACAUCAAAAUAUUCAGCUCUGUUACAGAUUUUUGGAUUUUCUCUGUAUUUAAUAAAAUAAUAUUGAACAUA